ACAGCCCUAACUCUUGUAGCUUUCACUAAACACUACCCCUCUCUCUCUCUCCCCCUCUCUGCUUCCUCUCUCCCGAUUCUUCUAUAGAGUUUUACAUUACCGCCCCCAUGCCGUUCCCAUGGCGAGUCCCCCAAAUGCAGAAUUCCAACACCCUAACUGAUCCAAAACCCAAUAAAAAUCCCUUCUUUCCCCAGUCCCCAAACCCCCUGGCCGCCAUCUUCUCCAACCCCACCGCCGCCUCUUUCAAAACCCAGCUCGAUUCCGCCAUUCAAACCCUUAGCAGCCAAACCAGGAGAGUUCUGCAGCUCAGCUUCUUAAACCCAUCCAUCCUUCCUAAUGGAAUCCCAUCUUUCGCGCGGAUAUCGCCGCCCGGCAUAGGCGGUCGCCGCCGUGCCAUGACGGUCGAAGCAAUCGAGGAGCGGCUCUCCGGCGUGCCUGUGUACACCCUCAGCAAUGCGGCGGAGGAAUUCGUUCUCGUCUCUGGUAUAAGAGCAGAAGGUUCGCUCGGCCUCUUCUGCUUCAAGCAGGAGGACGCCGAGACGCUUCUGGACCAGAUGAAGGCAAUGAAGAAAGACAUGAGCGAAGGUUCCAAGGUCGUUGCCGUCGCUCUCAACAAGGUUUUUCAGCUGAAGGUUGACGGAGUUGCAUUUAGGCUCAUUCCGGAUCCAAAACAAGUUCUGAAUGCGAUUAAGCUGAAAGAGGAGUCUAGGAAGGCUGCUGAUGAUUUUCUUGGAGUGCCAGUAUUUCAGUCAAAGAGCUUGGUCUUGAGGAGUCAGGGUAAAAGCUAUCGCCCAGCCUUCUUCAGGAAGGAGGACCUCGAAGACUUGCUCUUUAAAGCUUCUCGUGAUCAGAGACAAUUAAAUCCUGCCUUCAGGAAGGGUAACAUUGAGGUGUCUGUUCUGGAAGAAAUCAUAUCUGCAAUGAAGGGAAGCUCUGCAUCAGAUUGGGAUGAUGUUGUCUUUAUCCCUCCAGGUUUUGAAGUAGCAACUGCUUUUAGGGAAGAGGCUCAAACCAGUCAGACUAUAAGUUCUUAGAUAAUUAAGACCUUUCCUAUUAUGAACUGAGCCACCCACAAUUUUCCAUAUUUAUAUUCAUACCAUCUUGUUCCUAUGUAUUUGCAUAUGUAACACCUAAA